AGUUCAUGUUGCACUGUUUUGCUCCAUUGCAGGAAAUCAGGAAUCAGUUUUAUUUACAGACGCACAUUCUGAGUCUGAGUGGAAGUUUCCUGCCUAGCAGCAACUGCAGUAAAACAUAUUCCAGUUUCAGUGAGCUUCGUAUUCUUUAUUGCUUCGAGAGAGCGCGCAAUGGCCGAUGCAGAAUCCCAGAUCGCCAAUCCAAAGGACCAAUCGCUCGCUCCGCCUCGCUCCGCAGCUUUCCAAAGUUCCUACGCCUACAAAUCAGUACAGACCAGAUUGCCCGUUACGCUGACCAAGAUUGUCGACCAUCUCAGCCGCUAUAAGGAUGAGAUUUCUUCCGGGAAUUAUAGGACGUAUCUGCAUGAUCCACGGACUAGCAGGAUGUCGUCAGAGGAGCAAUCAUCACAUCAAAACGAAAGGGAAGAAGAGCUGAAGCAAAUUGUCGGAGCCUUAUCCAAACUGCGCAAUGAAGUGCAGACAAAUAAACUCAUCACGCCUUUCCCCAUCCCACCGGAAACCGGUGACCACCGUAAUUAUUUCGCCGAUCUUCCGGAAUGGAAUAAAGCCCUGCACGCGCCUGCUGCUCAGAAUCUGCUGUAUGCCGACGAACAGCCGAAAUGGUUCGAAUCGCCGUGGAUGUUUGUGGAAGCCUAUCUGUAUCGGCGCGUUAUGUACUCCGUUCAACAAACGACCUAUUUGCACGAUAUGGAUCCCUUUCAGUGGGAGAAGGCUCAGUCGAUAGAGGAUAAUCAGGAAAAUAUUGGGAAAAUUCUCAAGUUUUUGGAUUGUUUGCUAAAGGAUGUCAUUGGCAGAGACGCUUCCUCGGACGCAGUUGCAGGAAGAUUUAAGGAAAUUCUCAAGCUAUCGCUGUGGGGCAACGAAGGGGAUCUAUCCCAUCCAGUGGGCAAGAAAUGCUGCGAUUCCGAUUCAUCUCACCACACAGACGCCAAAAACUCAAAAGAAAAGAAAUCUGAUGUCAGAUCCAAAGAGCGAAUACUGGUAAUGGACCAAACCGAUGAAAUCUGGAAUUACCUAUCUAAACUCCGAGCGUCUUCCCAGCCAAUGCGGAUCGACAUCGUCUGUGAUAACGCCGGCCUAGAGCUCAUCACCGACCUGGUCUUCGGGACAUUUUUACUGGAGACCAAAUUAGCCAGCGUAAUCCAUUACCACGUCAUGCAGUUACCGUGCUACGUCUCCGACGCAACAGUAUCCGAUUUCUACCACGCCAUCCAGUUAGCCAAGCAGCACAAUCCCCAAAUCAGUGCCAAAUGGGAGGAAUAUCUGCACAACGGGCAGUUUAUCGUGAAAAGUGACGGCUUCUGGUCGUUGCCGUGGGAUUUCGACCAUAUGGCACAGCGUGCGCCGGAAUUGUACCGUGAUCUGGCUACAGCGUCGUUGAUUAUCUUCAAAGGGGAUCUGAAUUAUCGCAAGCUGGACGGCGAUCUCCAGUGGCCACCGGCGACGCCCAUGCAGCGCGGUGUCCGGGGUUUCGCGCCGGCGGCGUGGUGUGUACUGCGGGCGUUGAAGGGCGACACGGUGGUGGGACUGCCCAAAGGUCGCGCCGAGGAGAUGCAGGCACAGGAUGACAACUGGAUGACGACGGGGAAUUUUGCGGUGGUGCAGUUUUUCCGGCAGAAACCGGCGUGAAUGUGUGAUCGGUUGAACUGAUGCAAGUUAGUGGUAUGAUUAAUCUUGUUGAUGGAAUGAAUUGUUAUUUGUUUUAGUCUUAUUUAUUGAAUUGCAUGAAUCUGCGCGGUGGAACGAUUAAUGGGUAUUGUGCAAUUACAGACAAUCUACAAUGCGGCACUUGUUUUAAUGAAUUUUGCUGAAUAUUCAUGUGCACAGCCGGUAAAUAAAAUUUCAU